UAAACCCUAUGCUGUAUAUAUUGCACCGGGCCACCGAGAUAUGUGCGAGUUGGAAUAAUGUUUUCAGCAUCAACUUCUGAAUUUUUAAACAGUCUGACAGGAUUUUAUAGUUUACUUGUGUGACAGCGGACCCGACAAUAAGUGGUAUUAUUAGGAAGAUUUUUAAGCAUGGUCGAUCUGUUCAUGCAGUAGGAACAUGAGCUGACGAAUUGAGAACCUAAAUUUGUGUGUUUUAGAUAAGCGAAAGUUUUGUGCAAUGGCAACUGCAGAAACGAGUUCCUUUACAGCGUCUGGUCCAAACAACAAUAACGUUGAUGAUAUCACUCAGUUUUCAAUGAAGGAGGUGGCUCUUCAUUCAGAUCGUGGUUCGUGUUGGCUUGUCAUUAAAGAUUUUGUCUAUGAUGUGACGUCAUUUAUUUCAGAGCAUCCUGGCGGAUGGGAAAUUAUCAUGGAAAGGGCAGGUACUGACGCAACUUAUGCCUUCGAGGGGAAGGGUCAUUCAGAUGACGCAAAGAAGCUGCUAGCUGGCUUUAUGAUCGGUCAAUUGAAUACGAACGAGCGUCUGGAGAAAGGUUGACGACUUCUAUAUAGUCCUUGCUUUUAUUAUAAGUUAAAUGGUAAAUCUAACAUAAAUAUGCAAUAUCACGAUGUCUUCUUGUCUUAUGAGAAAUAUGGAGUCUAUUUUUUAAAUAAAGUGUAUAGUAUAUACAUGUAUGUGUAAUUCGUGCUUUUGGAGGCAGCUUUGCUAUUAUAUGAGUCACUUUUAUUCAAUUAAAAUUUGUAGCAGUUGAAUUUUAAUCGCAAUGUUUUUUUUUUCUGAUAUAUAUUCUAAUGUGCAGAUAUGAAUCAAGAAUAUGAAUCCUUGAUUUUAUUUUGCACCUGGCUAUGUGUGGUUUCGAUUGCUUAUAGAAGAAUUAAGAAGGUAUUUAUUAUAGCUUUUGUGAAUAAUACUGGUAUAUUCUUCUAUACUGUCUUUCACUUUUAUAUAUCUUGCGAUGAAAAUGCUGCAACAAGUAAAUAUGCACCAUAUGGAAAAAUUAUAUCCAUUUCAGAUUUUAAUGAAUUGUUUAUUGUAGCCUGCGCCAGCUGUAUGCAAACUACAAGAUAGUCCUAGGGGCUUCCUGGGCCUUUAUGAGAAUACUAGGAAACUGGUACAUAAUGAAAACAUAUGAUUUAUGUUAUCAGGCAUAGAUCAUAAGUAUUAUAGUGAUAACAACAUAUCACAAGGGUAAUUCUUGAUUGAUUUUUAUCAUAUUUAUUACAUAAACUUAGUAUGUAUUCAUUUGCUUGUAUACUAUGUAUUUUUUUACCUUUAUAUGAUAGAUUAUGCUAAAGUACUGGAGUGGAUCAUAGAUUUCAUUAAAGUGGGGACAUGUUAUGGCACAUUUAGGUAAAUUGUACAUUUUGGUAAAUUACCAAACGGCACAUUUAGGUACAUUGCACAUUUUGGUAAAUUACCAAACGGCACAUAUUGGUAAAUUUGCACACUUGGGUAAUUUACCCAAAACGUGCAAUUUACCAAAAUGUGCCGUAACAGGGUGCACUAUUCUUUAUAAAAAAAUGUUCUGAGAUUCAAAUAUUACUAUGAAUCCUCCAACAAGCAAACAUCACCCCCCCAAAAAAAAGAAAUGUGUAUUUUAGCAGUAUUUUCUAUAAAUUAAUACGAGCGUUAUCACUUUAGAUAAGUCCCCCACCCCCCCCCAAAAAAAAUCGAUAGCGCUGCAGCCAGUUAGCUCCUACCGAUCCUAGAGGUCACUCUCUACAUCUUCUGCUGCUAAGCACAGGCGUCCAGAAAAGAAAAGAAACAAACAUUAAACAGGGUCUCAUGGCGGUAUGGUUGCCUUUCCAGCACCAUUCGUAGGUACAUGCAUCUAAUUACGGAUUUCCAUAACUUUUCACUUGUUCUGCCAUUUAGGGCUGCAAAUUUACUAUUGCGCCAGUUAGGAUGCACUUUUGAGGUUUGUUGGACAU